CCUAUGAAUGUAUGUAUCUUCUUGGUUUUUUGUUGUUCUAGUGUGUGUAUGCUAUCCAUGUCCAUGUCAAACUAACGUUGUGGUUCAUGACUCCACUCCUGUGGGGUUGUCGUUACGCAGAGCCAUUCGAUGCGCCUCCAAGAGGGCGCACCCAUCGGGUUCAACACGACCUCCCCGGAGAAUCUGAACACCCUCCCUCACAUUGACAACACGAACCUCACCUCCUCCUCCUCUUUUUCCAAUGAUUCCUUACUCUUAAGAACCAUGCUAAACACCAUGGAAGGUGAUACCCAUGAUGCCAAUGGCAAUUUGACCCUGUCCUCAUCUCGCUCGCUUUGGACACAAUUGACCCAUGACUUAUUCAGCACGACCGUGUACCUGUGGCGGGUGCUGUCGCCCUAUAUCACCACGCCCAUUGUCAUUCUGUUCCUCCUGCCCGUGUUCAUGUUUACCUUGAUUUACUUGAGUGCGUUUCUGUUGUAUUUGCAUCAAAGAGGGCCGGGCAAACUGUUUCGCCGCAUUCGAAGAGCCGUCCUGGAGGAGCAUGACCUGACCAAAGCGGGACGGGAAAUCAUUGCCACUUUGUGGGAUGCUCAAGGUUGGAUCUGGUUCGGUUACGAAGUGCGUGGAUUAGAAAACAUUCCCACCGAAGGGCCAGCUUUAAUCAUCUACUACCACGGCUCCUUGCCCAUUGACUACUACUAUCUGGUGGCCAAGAUCAUACUCCAGAAACAGCGAAGCGUCCACUCUGUCGUGGAUCGGUUUCUCUUCAAGAUCCCAGGUAUGGGUACCUUUCUCAAGGUGUUCAACUGUACGCCGGGCUCCGUGGAAACGUGCAAAGCCGAGCUGAGUAAAGGCAACCUUUUGGGUCUGGCCCCCGGAGGCGUGUACGAGGCUCUUUUCGGCGAUCAACACUACCAGCUAUUGUGGCGCAAGCGAACCGGAUUCGCACGGAUCGCUCUGGAAGCCGGUUGUCCCGUGAUCCCGGUCUUCACGCAAAAUAUUCGCGAAUCCUUCCGUGCAUUCCAGUACUUCCGCCGGAUCUUCACGUAUCUCUACGAGAAGACACGGCUGCCCAUUGUGCCCGUGUACGGCGGGUUCCCAGUCAAAUUGAUCACACAUAUCGGACAACCGGUCACUUUGGAGCCGGACACAAGCCCGGAAGAGGCACGGGAGAUCCUGAAAGAGGCCGUGGAGGACCUGAUUGAUAAUCAUCAGGAAUGUCCCGGAAGCAUUGUGCGCGCUUUCUUGGAUCGAUUCCGGCGAGAAAGCUCGCAUGACUUGUGAUAUACAAUGACAACGGUCGAUGACAAUCGAUGCCAAACCACCGCUUAGUUCAUGCAAAAAAAAAACUCACGCACUGUAUUUCAGAAGCUUAUCCUUAGAUGUGAAGUGAAGAGGGUUUGUACGAGGGGUAUCCUUUGGAAAAAAAAGCAUGACCGGCUGUUGUCAUAGGUGGGCCUAAUGUGUUUCGAGUUUAAUUUGUUAAAAGGUGAAAAUCAGUGUUUGUGAUGAACUAAAGAGCUUUAAUAUACUUUCACCCAAAUUAACAAAUGGGUUUGAAUGAAUUUGGAUUGGUUUUGUCUGAAAAAAAAAGCUUUGACAGGUGAUGAGCUAUUUUGGACAGAAAAGACAACCAGCAAUAGCAUACAGUAUUAGGAAAAAUAUUAUUACUUAAGAAAUCUGCUGAUAUGCAGCAAUUGCUACUUUAUAAUGAGAUAACGUUUAUUGACUACAAAACCCUUCAAAGCUGCAUUCUUAUCGAUUGCUCUUAAAUUUACUCGGGCAAAAAGAUACAAAGACCAACAAACUUUUGAAGCAAUGUGGGUUGGUUUAAUUCAUUCUUACAUUACCGAGCCAUUGAGACCAAAUAUUCCCAUAUUAAUUUGGCGUAAGAAGAACUACCUGCAAGCAUGAAGGUUUGCGGUUUUCACAUCUCAAUCCGACAAUCCGAACCCUGACACAGAUUCAAAUUUUAACGUCUCAAACGAUGACAUACGAUGCCCACCUUUGCUACUAUACAUUAUGGAUCUGAAGAAGCAUCUUCAAAAUUUGGUCCAUCUAGAAUACCUCUCGUAUAUUAUGCUGUUAAGUCACGAUUAUCUUUGUCCAAACCAAUGUGAGUGGAUGAUUGUGAUAGUUGCUCACCCAAUAAUUUAGCUAGUCGUAUCCACCCAAUUAAACCUCCGCCUAAUUCUUUCAUCGACAUGCAUUUUUGUUGUCCUUCAUGUUCAUCUCUAUCAGAUUAGUCUCUAUCCUGAAAUUAUACCCAUUUUCAGCCCGUUGCCAUUUUCCUGACAGUUAUUAUUUCACCAAUAAAUAUAUGUAUAUCCGCUCCA